UUUUUUCUCUCAAUUUUACAAAAAGUGAAGCCCCCAAUUAGAGAAAUUAGUCGGUCUGAACAAAGAACUUGGUAUUUUGUCCGUAGAAUCGUUAAAUCAGAGUGACCCAAAUAUAAUUCGCUGUUUGGACUAGAGUCUACUAACUCUCCUACAACAUGGGAAAGGUUUUUCUGGAUCACAUCGGCGGCCAGAAGCUGUAUAGCUGCGCAGCCUGCGAAACCAAUCUUACUAACAAGAGAGAACUGAUCAGCACCCGAUUCACGGGGGCCACUGGAAGGGCCUAUCUGUUCAAGCGGGUUGUCAAUCUGACCUAUUCCCAGGUCCAAGACCGGGUCAUGCUCACCGGAAGGCACAUGGUGCGGGACGUGAUGUGCAAAAACUGCAAGGCCAAGCUGGGCUGGAUGUACGAAUUCGCCACCGAGGAGUCGCAGAAAUACAAAGAGGGAAGAGUGAUCCUGGAACACGCGCUGAUUACCGAGUCCGAGGGUUUCCCGGAGGCGUGACCUUUCCUGUUCGAUCCGAUUGAAUUUUGAAUUUAAGAAAUCGAUUGUGUCGAACACGUUAUGAACAAGCCGGAAAAACAUAAGAAUAACCAAAUGAAAUUCCAUAACUUUUUUUUUUAUCUGUUCACUACAUAUUUUAUCGCAUACACGAAAUCAUCAUGCCUGCAGAAUUUUAGUGUAAUAAUUAGUGGUAAAAUUUCGGAAAUUGAAGGAAAAAACUAUACAAAUAUUUAAUGUAUCUCAUUCAACUUAUAAGCUUUGAAUAAAGAGUGUGUGUGUUUAUUAACCACAUAACAAUA